CGUAAUGUAAAGUUUAAUUUUUGAAGGAGGGAGUAUUAUCAACUCCAUAUUCCAAAAUAUAUAGCACCGUACAUACGGCCCUAUCAUGUCAACCCGACCUGUCCGUUCCAUAUAAUCUCCAGAAGCUGGUAUCUCCAGAGUCAAGCUUCACGCUACUCCAUUUCUAUUCCAUAUCAACAAUUACUUUUAGACCUCCAUUCUUCGUCAUUUUCCAGAUUUUAUCCAGGCAUUGCAUCAUAUAGGGGGGAAACUAAUAGACGGGAUAAGACGCACUACUUACCUUCUUUCACCUUACACUUGCAAUUUAUAAAGCGAGCAGAUUUCUUGCAAAACUAUGAAUUCCAAGUCUAAUAGGAAGUCUACCACUUCCAAUGGUUGUGAGAAUGCUUUGGCUCCAGAAGAACAGAAGCAAAAGAUUGAUGAAGUGAGAAAGUUGAUUGGACCAAUUUCUGGUAAGCUGGCUUUGUUUUGUUCGGAUUCAACCAUAUCAAGAUAUUUAAGAGCACGGAACUGGAAUGUUAAAAAGGCUGUUAAGAUGCUUAAAGCCACACUGAAGUGGAGACUGGAAUACAAGCCCGAAAACCUUCGAUGGGAUGAUGUUUCUUCUGAGGCAGAAACUGGGAAGAUUUACCGGUCAAAUUGUAAAGAUAAACUUGGGAGAACAGUUCUAGUCAUGAGACCCAGAUGCCAGAACACAAAAUCAACUAAAGGCCAGAUCAAGUACUUAGUAUACUGUAUGGAGAAUGCAAUUGUGAAUCUCGGAGAGGAUCAAGAACAAAUGGUUUGGUUGAUUGAUUUCCACGGCUUUAAUAUUUCACACUUAUCCUUGAAAGUCACCAAAGAAACAGCCCAUGUUUUGCAAGAGCAUUAUCCCGAAAGACUCGGUUUGGCCAUUCUCUAUGAUCCACCCAAAAUCUUUGAACCCUUUUGGAAGAUGGCAAAGCCGUUUUUGGAGCCUAAGACUGUGAAGAAAGUCAAUUUUGUUUACGCGGAUGAUCCGAAUUCUAAGAAGAUAAUGGAGGACAUGUUUGACACCAGUGAACUGGAAGCCAGUUUUGGCGGGAAGGGGAGUGCAGAUUUCGAUAUCAAAGAGUACGCAGAGAGGAUGAGAGAGGAUGAUAAGAAGGUGGCUGCCUUUUGGGCGACGAUGCAAAAAGAUCAAAACAGUCACCAUUCAGAAACGGUCAAUGUUCCUUGUUUAGAGGCGAAUACAAAUUCGAGCUCAGAUUCUGAUACCUCAAACAAGAAUGCCCAGAUGUCAUCAUCACAUGAUGAUGAUGAUGAUGAUGGAGAACAGGAGGAAGAAGAAGAAGAAGAAGGUGAUGGAGAAAGCUUCCCCAGCUCCAGAUAGUGUAGCUGCUCUCUAUAUAUAUAACUUUGAUGAGACUUCUUUUCUUGUUGCUAAAUCUCAUUGCAUUUUGCAAAUGAAUAAUGCAAUUUGUUGUACCAGUUUUACAGUAACUAACAAAUGAUACCUUCGGAUCUGUAUAAGAGUUAUGAAUGUCACUACUCUAUAAUUCAUGCAAAGUGUAAUACGUAAUAAUUAGAUGCCUAAUUU